CUCGUCUUGAAAUUAUUACUAGUGUUGGUUGAUUCGAGUAAAGUUAAUGAUAAUUAAUCUUCUUUAAAAGAGGGAGUUAAAAAAAAAAACAAAACAAAAAGGAUGAAGAAAGAAAGAAUCAGGCAAACCAUUUGAACAAAGAUCUUGAGGGGAUUCCAAAUUUUCAUUGAAUUGGGGAAAAUUUUCCAUGAAAGUUUCGAUUGAAAGGACUAAAUGAACAUUUCAGGCAGUGUCACGUGAGAUAAUUCAAACAUUAGCUAUACUAAAUGGGUGUCACGUGAGAGCUUCGGGCAAUUCUUUGUUGAGAGAAGUGGAUGGAUAUGGCAGUAGCUGCUUCCUCAGCCGCCCAACUAGUUGUAAAGAUCAGGUUCCCUGAGUCUGAGCUCCGGCUGAAACGACACCGGAACAACCCGGCGGCACUCCCUACCUUAUGCUUGAAGAAGAGGGCUUGCCUCAUUCGAGCAGCAAAGCCCGGAAGGGAAGAAGAACAAACUUCCAAUGAAAAUGGCCCUGACAAUUCUGCAUUCUUAUCUCAGGAAGACUUGAGCUAUUUGACGAAACUGGGAGCUGGUUCUGUGGCUGGGGCAGCUGCUAUCAAGUAUGGAAGCGUUGUAUUCCCAGAGAUUACAAGACCCAACAUUGUUGAAGCCCUCUCCAUCAUUUCUUUUCCAGUUGUAGUUGCUGUUCUGCUGUUAUUCUGGCAAAGUCGAUCAGAAUGAUGGUUGUAUGGAGAUGUUUUAACUUUUGAUGUAUAAUUUUCCACAUUUCUCCUACUCUCACAUGAGAACUUUGUUCUUCAUCAUCGACAUGGUUUCUCUUCGAGUCAAAAAAAAUGGAUCAUUCGUCUGGUUAGACAUGCCAAAGCUUUAUGUGGACACGACUAUGAUUACAGUUGUAAAGAGCUGAAGCCCAGAAAUGUAUUUUACUUUAAGGUCGCGUAAUUGUAAUUUGUAACUAAUAUACGCAAAUUUACAGAUUACAGUGUUGGCUGUUGAGAACUAAAGAAUGCCCACUCAGGGUUUCAUACGAUUUCAGAUUUCUCUAAUGCUGACGCUAACAGUUUUCAAUUGCGGGAACAAAGGCUAUACUCUGCAUAUUUUUUGCUGCUAUGCGCGUGAGGAGGCUCGGUACAAAAAUCUCCAGUGCUUUGUCCCUUGAAGAAGACUAUAAGUUGUCUCUCAACCACUUCAGUACUCCGUUUGCAACAGCCCUGCAUAACAAAAUCAUAACUGACACAGAUUAGAAUAGAUAAGGCAUAAAGCAAAAGGGAGAAAGAACAAUUUAGAUGGUUUGAUUUGCAGACCAAACCAAAUGUUUCAUUUGCCGAACAGCAUGGAUAUCACAAUUAUGUUACUGUCAGCAGUAAAGAAUAAGUUGCAGGUAUUAAUGAGAGAGUUCAAAGUUCUUGAGAAGUUUUCUGAAGGUGAACAUAUUGAGCCACAGAAAGACGUGGUUUGUAUCUAUAUCCUACAGUUUCAGUUAGCUUUUUGGAUACAUUAUCAGGACGAUUUUCUCCCAAAGUUAGUCCAACACUCCAGUCAGCCGAAGAGUACACAGCUUAUCUUCAAAAGUAUCAUUAUAUCAUUCAUCUAUUAUCCUCAAAAGCCAGAAGAAACACUGACCUGACCCAAAUGGCCGAAAUAUAUUAUGAAUCCAUUAAGGAACAUUUAGUGCUUACUAGAAAAGUGAACCUACUUAUUCCUGCAUGUAUUUAGCAAAUGGGAGAACUGGGGAAAGAAUUUACCCUCCAAGAUCUUUUAGCUGCU